AUGAAGCUGUUUCUGGUUUUCAUUAUUCUGCUGUUUGAGGUACCCACAGGUGGGGCACGACCCAAAAAUUGCUUUAAUGACAUACCAGGAUACUGCAGGAAGAAAUGCAAAUUAGGAGAAAUAUAUGAAGUAGGAUGUCUAAAUGGGAAAUUAUGCUGUGUUAAUGGAGACAAAAACAAAAGACAAGUGGAAGUCCAACAGCCAGAUAAAACUUAUAACAAGAAUUCGAGUGAGUUUAUGGACUACAUUGUUUUACCCACCAUCACCAUUUUGACAGACCAACACUAA